ACGCCCCGCCUCUCCAGCGUGUGGUUAAAUCCCCGCAUCCCCCCGGCGGCUCACACCUGCACCCCGCCCCGGCGCAGCACCAUGCCCGCCUGCCGCCCGGGUCCCCUCGCCGUCGUCCUCCUCCUCGGCCUGCUGCUGCUCGGCCUCCCCCGGGUCCCAGGCGGAGAAGCGGAGAAGCCCGGCGUGUGCCCCCAGCUACAGGCCGACCUAAACUGCACGCAGGAGUGCCUCUCUGACGCCCAAUGCGCCGACAACCUCAAGUGCUGCCAGGCCGGCUGCGCCACCAUCUGCCACCUGCCCAACGAAAAGCAGGGUUCCUGCCCCAAGGUGAACACUGACUUCCCCCAGCUCGGCCUUUGCCAGGACCAGUGCCAGGUGGACAGCCAGUGUCCUGGCCUGUUGAAAUGCUGCUACAAUGGUUGUGGGAAGGUGUCCUGUGUCACUCCUGUCUUCUGAGCUCCGGCCACCACAGCCUAAGGAGUGGGGGAGCGGAUGUUUCUGCCCGGCCCUGCCUGGCUCCAGCCAACUACCCUCCCCUCUUUUUGGCCUCUGCACUCUCUCCAGGACUGAGCAUUGCUUUUUCCUUUUCCAACCAAUAAAGUGACCACUUCCAGCA